UAGGCGGCACGGACGCAAGCACGCUUGCGCGCGCGCACGGUCUCCCCUUCUCGCGCCGCCGCCGCCGCCCCUGCUCUCACUUAGACCCGCAGCGCCGUCCGCCGCGCCGAGAUGCUGCGGGCCUGUCAUUUAUCCGGCGUGACCUCCACCGCCCAGAGUUGUCUCUGUGGGAAGUUUGUCCUCCGUCCACUCCGACCAUGCCGCAGAUACUCCACCUCAGGCAGUUCCCGGUUGUCUCCUGGCAAAAUUGCCGGCGCUGGCAUUUUAUUCGUUGGUGGUGGUAUUGGUGGCACUAUUCUGUAUGCCAAAUGGGAUUCGCAUUUCCGGACAAAUGUAGAGAAAACCAUACCUUAUUCAGACAAACUCUUUGAAAUGGUUCUUGGUUCCCCACCUUAUACUGUUCCAUUACCAAAGAAGUCGAUUCAGUCUGGUCCACUAAAAAUCUCUAGUGUAUCAGAGGUAAUGAAAGAAUCUAAACAGCCUGCUUCACAACUCCAAAAACCAAAGGGAGACACUUCAGCUUCAAUAACAGCACCUACAGAGGCAGCUCAAAUUAUUUCUGCAGCAGGUGAUACACUGUCGGUCCCAGCCCCUGUGGUUCAGCAUGAGGAAUCUAUAAAAGCUGAUCGCCCUGCAACUGGUGAAGGAAAACCUAAGCCUGCAACUUCAGAGGAAGCAUCCUCAACUUCUGUAAGGGAACGGCCACCUGAAGAAGUUGCAGCUCGGCUUGCACAACAGGAAAAGCAAGAACAAGUUAAGAUUGAGUCACUAGUCAAGAGCUUAGAAGAUGCUCUGAGUCAAUCUGCUUAUAUCACUCAGCAGGCUAUUGUGGCUCAGAAUGCUGCGGUCCAGGCUGUCACUGCCCAUGCCAACAUACUGAAAGCAGCCAUGGAUGAUUCUGAGGUUGCAGGUGAGAAGAAGUCAGCUCAGUGGCGCACAGUGGAGGGUGCAUUGAAGGAACGCAGGAAGGCAGUGGAUGAGGCUGCCGAUGCCCUUCUCAAAGCCAAAGAAGAGUUAGAGAAGCUGAAAAGUGUAAUUGAAAAUGCAAAGAAAGAAGAGGUUGCUGGGGCCAAGUCUCACAUAACUGCUGCAGAGGGGAAACUUCAUAGCAUGAUAGUUGAUCUGGAUAAUGUGGUCCAAAAGGUUCAAGCAGCUCAGUCUGAGGCUAAGGUUGUGUCUCAGUAUCAUGAGCUGGUGGUCCAAGCCCGGGAUGACUUUAAACGAGAACUGGACAGUAUUACUCCCGAAGUCUCGCCAGGGUGGAAAGGGAUGAGUAUUUCUGACCUAGCUGACAGGCUGUCUGCGGAUGACCUGAACUCCCUGAUUGCUCAUGCGCAUCGCCGCAUUGACCAGCUGAACAGGGCGCUGGCUGAACAGAAAGCCACAGAGAAGCAGCAUAUCGCCCUAGCCUUGGAGAAACAGAAGCUGGAGGAAAAGCGGGCAUUUGACUCGGCCGUGGCAAAAGCAUUAGAACAUCAUAGAAGUGAGAUACAGGCUGAACAGGACAGAAAGGUCGAGGAAGUCAGAGAUGCCAUGGAGAAUGAAAUGAGAACCCAGCUUCGCCGACAGGCUGCUGCCCACACCGAUCACUUACGAGAUGUCCUCAGGGUCCAAGAACAGGAACUGAAAUAUGAAUUUGAGCAGGACCUAUCUGAGAAACUCACUGAACAAGAAUUACAGUUUCGUCGGCUCAGUCAAGAGCAAGUCGACAACUUUACUCUGGAUAUAAACACUGCCUAUGCCAGACUGAGAGGAAUCGAGCAGGCUGUUCACAGUCAUGCAGUAGCUGAAGAGGAGGCCAGAAAGGCCCACCAACUCUGGCUCUCGGUGGAGGCAUUAAAGUACAGCAUGAAGACGGCGUCCCCAGAUCUGCCCACUGUUCCCCUGGGUAGCGCGGUCGAGGCCGUCAGAGCCAGCUGCUCCGAUAGUGAAUUUACCCAGGCUCUAACCGCAGCUCUCCCUCCAGAGUCCCUGACCCGAGGCGUGUAUAGUGAAGAGACCCUUAGAGUCCGUUUCUAUGCCGUCCAGAAACUGGCCCGAAGAGUAGCCAUGAUUGAUGAGACCAGAAAUAGCUUAUACCAGUACUUCCUCUCCUACUUACAGUCCCUGCUCCUGUUCCCACCUCAGCAGCUGAAGCCACCGGCAGAGCUCUGCCCUGAGGAUACAAGCACAUUUAAAUUACUGGCCUAUGCCUCCUAUUGCAUUGAGCAUGGUGACCUGGAGCUGGCAGCUAAGUUUGUCAAUCAGCUGAAAGGGGAAUCCAGACGCGUGGCCCAGGACUGGCUGAAGGAGGCCCGAAUGACCCUAGAAACUAAGCAGAUAGUGGAAAUCCUGACGGCAUACGCCAGCGCCGUAGGCAUAGGAACCACCCAAGUGCAGCAAGAGUGAGGGCUAGGAAGUCUCACAGUCACACUUCAGGUCAGAGGAAAUGAGUAAUAUGUGACGGGUUUGCAACAGGGCCUACAAGUGAGGUUACAAGUACUGUUCUUUGUGUUCACGCCUGUCGCAUUUGUAUUAUUUCCUCUUGCUAUCAUGUCAGUCAACUCCAGGAGUACUUUAUUUGCAACUUGUGUAACAUUUUCUGUUUUUCAGGUUUUACUGAUCAGGCUUGCGAGCCAAUCAAAAUGACGUUUGUGAUCACUAUUACUAUUGAUUUUGCCCUUGGAGCAAACUGAAUAAAAACAGAAAGAUGAAAACUG